AUGGAAGCCGCGGAUACCUCCAGAAGCAACGGGGCCAGCCCAGAAUCCAGGGAUGCCUGCAGCCCGCCGGGCCCCAACGGCACCCUGGAGAACGGGGCCAAGGCUGAAGGUCAAGAUGCCAAGACCACCAAUGGGCACGGCGGGGAGGCGGCCGAGGGCAAGAGCCUGGGCGGUGGCCUGAAACCGGGUGAGGGCAAGAGCGCCCUGUUCUCUGGGAACGAGUGGCGGCGGCCCAUCAUCCAGUUUGUCGAGUCUGUGGACGACAAAGGCUCCAGCUACUUCAGCAUGGACUCCGGGGACGGCAAGAGGUCCCCCUACGCCGGGCUCCAGCUGGGGGCUGCCAGGAAGCAGCCCGUCUCCUUCGCUGAGAAGGGGGAGCUGCGCAAGUCCAUCUUCUCGGAGCCCCGGAAGCCCACGGUGUCCAUCGUGGAGCCCGGUGAGGCCCGGCGGAACAGCUAUCCCCGGGCCGACGGUGGCGGCCUCCUCCUGCGCUCCAAGUCGGGCUCUGAGGAGGUCCUGUGUGACUCGUGCAUCGGCAACAAGCAGAAGGCCGUCAAGUCCUGCCUGGUGUGCCAGGCUUCCUUCUGCGAGCUGCACCUCAAGCCCCACCUGGAGGGCGCAGCCUUCCGCGACCACCAGCUGCUCGAGCCCAUCCGGGACUUCGAGGCCCGCAAGUGUCCCCUGCAUGGCAAGACCAUGGAGCUCUUCUGCCAGACGGACCAGACCUGCAUCUGCUACCUUUGCAUGUUCCAGGAGCACAAAAACCACAGCACGGUGACAGUGGAAGAGGCCAAGGCCGAGAAGGAGACAGAGCUGUCACUGCAGAAGGAACAGCUGCAGCUCAAGAUCAUCGAGAUUGAGGAUGAGGCUGAGAAGUGGCAGAAGGAGAAGGACCGCAUCAAGAGCUUCACCACCAAUGAGAAGGCUAUCCUGGAGCAAAACUUCCGGGACCUGGUGCGGGACUUGGAGAAACAAAAGGAGGAAGUGAGGGCUGCCCUGGAGCAGCGGGAGCAGGAUGCUGUGGACCAAGUGAAGGUGAUCGUGGAUGCUCUGGAGGAGAGGGCCAAGGUGCUACAUGAGGACAAGCAGACCAGGGAACAGAUGCAAAGCAUCAGUGACUCGGUGCUGUUUCUGCAGGAAUUUGGUGCAUUGAUGAGCAAUUACUCCCUCCCCCCACCCUUGCCCACCUACCAUGUUCUGCUGGAGGGGGAGGGCCUAGGACAGUCGCUUGGCAACUUCAAGGAUGACCUGCUCAAUGUGUGCAUGCGCCAUGUUGAGAAGAUGUGCAAGGCAGACCUGAGCCGCAGCUUCAUCGAGAGGAAUCACAUGGAGAAUGGGGGUGACCACCGCUACAUGAAUAACUAUGCUAAUAGCUACACGAGCGAGUGGAGCGCGCCUGAUGCCAUGAAGAGAUACUCCAUGUACCUCACGCCCAAGGGUGGGGCCAGGACAUCCUACCAGCCAGGGUCCCCUAGCCGCCUCUCCAAGGAGACCAACCAGAAGAACUUCAACAAUCUCUAUGGCACCAAAGGUAACUACACCUCCAGGGUCUGGGAAUACACCUCCACCAUCCAGAGCUCUGACGACCUGCCCGCUGUCCAAGGCAGCUCCUCCUUCUCCCUGAAAGGCUACCCCUCUCUCGUCAGGAGCCAGAGCCCCAAGACCCAGCCCCAGACUUGGAAAUCUGGCAAGCAGACUUUGCUGUCUCACUACCGGCCGUUCUACGUCAACAAAGGCAAUGGGAUGGGGUCCAACGAGGCCCCAUGAGUUCCAUUUGGGCUGGAAUGAGGCACUGCUACCCCUGCUCUCCCCGGCUGAUCCUGCCGCUUUGCUACUCUUCUCAUCUGGGUGGAAGCGAGGCUCCCCUCUCCCCCCCCCCCAUCAGCCUUGCUCCACUGCCCCUCUCCAGCUUUGGGAUUUCUGACGGCCACCAUCUUUCCUGUGCUAAGAGGCCAGCCAUCGCAGGGGUGGGACAUGGGUGGGCCUCACUCCCCUAACCCACCACCCUCCUCUGGGGUGGAUUGCUGGGACUAGCAUGGGUGCCCAUGUGGUAGCAGCCCGCCUAUCCUGCCCAUGUCCCCUGCUGUCUUGAGGCCUAUUGGCCAUUUCUGUCCAAGGCUCCUUCCCGUGUGAUGCGGUCAAUAGAUGCUUGGCCAAGAUAGUUGUCCAUCUCCCACCUGCGUGGGCCCACCCUCUUCUUCCCUGCAGCCUGGUUCCAUCAGGAGACUGGCCCUAAGUGCCCUGCUCUGGUCCUGCCCCCAGUGCCCAGCCCAGCAGAGCCUGCAGCUCCUGGCCACCAUGCAGGGAAAGCUCUUGGUGUCUGGUGUCAUCCUGGCCACUUUGGGUGUCACCGUGUCUACUCUGAGUCGGAAGUCCCCGGGAAUUGGCUCUCCUGGCUCUUAGGAUGGUCCCACCGAGACACUUCCCUCUUCCACCUGCUGAGAUUAGCAAUUCCCUCACUGUGACCCAACCCAUCCAUGAGAACAGCUACUGGCCCGGCCGCCCCAAGGGAAAUGCCAUUUACCUUCAAAAUCUUGGUGGUUCCACAGUCCUGAGUCCUCCCUGGCAAUGGCCAGUGAGCAGACAGGGGGAGGUGUGGCUGGGCUGGUAGCUUGUCAUUUCCAGGUAACUGCCGCUGCUAUUUCCAAGGGUACCUUCCACACUGCCCCCCACCUGCCUUCCUCUUCCCUCUAUCUUCCAUGUCACACGCUGUCAUGGGGCUCGGGGCCUGCAGAGGGGACCAAACCAGGAACGGCAAGGUGGGGCCCUGCCUCCUCUUGCUGGCUCCCCCAAGUGCCCUGGGGGCUCUGGCGAAGGGGCCAGCUUGCUAGGGGAGAAGAGGGGACAUUCAGCUUGGGCUUUCCGCUCCUGAAUAAACCAUU